AUGGCUAAUAUUAAUAUUAAAUGUCAAAAAUGUCGAUUUGAAUUGGCGUCAAAUGAAAGCUCUCGUAUUCUUGAUUGCCACGAAAACCCAAUUAAAAAUAAAGCUAGAGUUACGUACAGUUGCAAUGAAAAUCUUAUGGAAAAUAAUUGGUAUCUUUCAAGUACUGUAGUACCAAAUUGGAUAAAUUCUUUGGUGGAAGAAGUAAGUUUUUGUUAAACAAUAUGAUUUUAAUUGUUAUUUAUAAAUAAUUAUUUACUUAAAAAUACAUUUUAUAAUUUAGGGUGAUUGGCAAAAGGGUAAAUUGACUUGUCCUAAUUGCAAUUUAAGAGUUGGAUCUUUUGAUUUUGUUAACGGAAUGAAAUGCCCAUGUAAAAAAUAUGUACUACCUCAAAUUCACUUGGUAAAAAGUAAAGUAGAUAUUUACUUUCAAUGAAAAUAUACUGUUUUAUAUUACUAUUUUAAUUAUAUUGACUUUUGUUGUAUUUUAAUUUUAAUAAACUUCUAGAAAUUAUAAUGAGUUGUUAAGUAUUUGUUUAUUAUUCUACUAUAUUUUGUUUUAAUUAUUAUUAUUGGCAUACCAAAGUAUACAAUGGUAUAAGGAAUGACGUAUUUUAGAAUCAAUUGUUUCUGGGCUAUGGUGUGGUGAUAGGCAAUUCUCGAAUUGAAGAAAAAAUGAGGAUGCUUGAUGUAUUACUAGUUUAAGUUUGGGAACUAACGUUCUAUAGCAGGUAUAUGUUACUGUAACAAGUGGGGGUCUUUGACCACUACUCUUCCCUCAAAGUAACUACAUAAUAAAUACCACAUUAAAAUGUAUGAAAUACUGUUGAAUUACCUUGCUUAAUAAAUUAUUAUUAAUAGUGGCUGGUUUUAGUAAAGUAUAUGCAUUAUAUGAAUGAAUAACUUGAAAGCCAGUCUUCUUGAGUAUACAUUUAUACAAAUACUUUAUAAUCAAGAUGAUUAUUAGAACUUUAUAACCACUUUGUAUAUAGGCAUUACAUAAUAUUUGGUAAAUAGUAAAUAGCAUUAUAAGGGACGUAGUUGGAACAAAAAUCAGGCCAAGAGUUUAAUAUUUAAACAGAUCACUCACUAAAAUAUGUAUACCUACCCCGAUUAUUGCUAUGAACUAAAACCAGUCUCAGUACAAAUCACAAAUUAAAAUAUACCUAAUAUAUAUCUUAAUAAUUUGUACUACAAUAAAAAUAUUGUGUUAAUGCAUUUUCCAUCCUGUACGACUAUACUAAAUACAUAAUUAUUGAUGUCGCAUAUUAGAUAUUAAUAUAUUUUCUACGGAUUUUAAAUUGAUACCAUUAUUUUAUUACAAUAUUUAUUUGUAAUAUUUUUUUAAUGAAGUCUAACUGAGUUCGGAAUUGGUCUUUUGUAUAACCUAUAUAUUAUAAAGUUCUUCAAUAUUAACUAUGUUCCUUAGCUGUUUGCAUAAUCCAAAAAGUGACAGUUAAAAUCUUAUAACCCGGAGAAAAUCUUAUUACUCCGGGAGCCUGCAACUGUUGUACUAUGAUAAAUCCAUAGACUUUGUAAGGUUUAUGGCUAUAUAUUAUCUAUAGCCAUGGUAUAUCACAGAUAUAGAAGGGUUAGAUAAUAAAUAAUGGACAGGUCAUGUUGUCUUAUAACACGUUCCUUAAAACGCUGUCCACAAAAUAAGAUAUUAUACUUAUGCCCGGUUGCACUUACACCAAAUUUGUUGUUAUCAUUGUUGUUAUAAUGUAGUUUUAAAUAUUUUUGUAUAAAUAAUGAUAAAAUAACGAUUGAUAAAUUCAAGUUUUAUCAUGUAUUAAAUUUAUAAGUGUUGCUUAAUCAUUUUUAUAUAUUCAGAUUAUUUUCAGAAUACUGGUUAUAAAAUAAAUAGUUCCACUGUUAUCUUUGUUUAUGAAUAUAAUUAAUUAGUAAGUUUACAAUGAACAGCAUCAAUGUGCUCAAGAAAAAUCGAGGAAAAAACUUUAGUGAAGACAAGAAGAAAUUUUUAAUGGAUUUAAUUGAUCAAUUCAGGAAUAUCAACUAUAAUAAUAUAUUUUUAAAAUACUUUAUAAUAAUAUAAUAAUUGCAACCGGGCAUUAAUAUUAUCUAAUGUUUUUGAUUAUCACUACAAUAACGCAAAAAAUUGAUAACGAAAUUUAACUACAAAUAAAUGUUUACACGGCGAUAAGUGGGCCUGUAAUUUGACCUCAGAGUAAUAUAGAGGUGGCGCGGGGUUCAAUAAGUUGGUUAUAAUGUUGAAACAUAAACGGACGAAAUUUUGCAGUGUAGCUAUUUGAAAAACUAAAAAUACUGUAUUAUAUAUUUUUUUAUGUAAUGAAGCCCCAGUUUUCCCAGAGUGAUAAGAAAGAAAAAAGGAGUUUAUCUUACUGUUUAAGACCAAAACGCAUAAAUCGUCUCACCGCCCUUAAAUAUUGAACAACAGACAUUUAUUAAAUAAGAAUUUUAUUUUUCAUGGUCCUAACUACAACUUCAAAGCAGACCAGGCUCAAGCGUUUAAAUUUAUGUUCAAACAUUGUAAAAAAAAAUUAUUUUUGCUUAAUAAUGUUAUUUAUUACUAUUUACUAAUUAUAAAUUAAAAGCUAUAUAAAUAAGAUAAUUUUACAAAUGUUUUCAGAAUAUGAUUUAGCAGUUUUACUUCUGCCAUAAUUAAAACAGCUAGGCAUUUUUUAACGUUAUUGUAAAUAAUUAAUAAAUAAACAUUAAGCAUUAAAUAUGUAAAUGGUGCAAAAAUUCAAACCACAGUAAUAAUAUUUGAAAACUGCUAUCAAGCUGGUAUAUAGCAUAAUCAAUGGACUUUUUAUUAAGGUCAAUGACCGCUAGUUUGGCAUCACUGUGAUAAUAUAAUUUGAAAUAGAUAACGCCGCAGCCACCUUUAUAUUACUCUAUAAAUUUAACUCUUGAUAAAGUACAUUUUUAACAACAAAUAAAAUUGAAAACAUUGAACAGAAUUUAGUUUAACUACAGAUAAACAAAUUUAUCUCUGUGUAAAUAGUUAAUACAACCUGGUAUUAAUAUAUAUCAAAUGUGAAAAAUCGAAAAAAUGGAAAAAGUACGAAUUAUAUUUAAAUAUUAUUAAGACUUUUUUUUUUGUGGACAACUUUUCUACCGGCAAUUUUGCUUCAAAUUUCAAUGAUAGCAAUUUUUCUCAUGGGAAAUUUCACUGGAGAGGUACUUUAGGUAGACCGUUUUUUUGAUUUUCUCAGAAGUUUUCUCAUCAAAUUUGAAAAACCAAGAUAAAACAUGGGAAAACCGGGAAAAACGUAGGAAAACUGGGAAAAUUUGUACAACAUUAAACAAAUAUUAAAAAAAAUAUAUAAAGCCUAUUUAGUUAUUUUACUAUAAAAUGAUAUAUGUAUUGUUGACAAAGCAUCACUAUCAACUGAACUUCGCUCAGAAUCGUUUUUUCGUAAGCAAUGGUUUAUCGUUGCUUACAAGUAUACAUUGAAUUAUCUAUAACAUUAUAACAGUGGCUGCACACGUUCCCAUUAUCUUAGGACGUUUUUUUAGUUAUCAUUUUUCUUAAACUCAUAAAGAAGAAGUUUAGGUUCUCUAUGAUAUAACCUAUAAACCUGUAUAGUUAAUAGGUCUAUGGAUGUAAUCACACAGUCAAAAGUUGAAUGUAUUCAACAAUGCGGUAUCAUUUGUUAUUGUGGUAUCGUAUAAUAAAAUAAUGAUAUACCACAUAGUAUACCCCACAGAUAUAUAAAAUUAGAUGGCCGACUUUGACAAUUGAGUGAAUUGUAUAAAUUAAAAAAUAUGUUUUAUGGUUAUAGUGGCAUUGGAAAAAAUAUUAUUAUUUAUUUGGAAUAAUCACAUUUUUAAAAAUCACAAAAUUAUAGUUGUUUCAAUUCAUUGCCGUUUGUGUAAAUAUAAUUACCUACCCGAGUAUAAUCAUGGCGCGGUAAAGGUAAUAAUAGUUGACGCCGUAAAUGUUUUUAAAUAGACAACCUAUAUAUUUUUUGGCACCCAAGUUUUUGAGAGAUAAUAAAUUGUCUUAUGGAACAUAAAUACAUUUGAAAAAAUGUGAUUUUGGAAAUUAGAAUGAGAAACCAUUGGUAUAAAAUAUAGUUUAAAAAUAUGUGCCUUAGAUCAAAAGAUCAAUGGAAAUUUAGCUGUUAUUAAUAAAUGGUUGUUGGAACAAAUAUAAGCUGGAAUACAUAUCUCUUGAAACAAUAGGUGAAAUGUGGAACAAAUAAGUUGUAUCGUAUCUUGUGGUUAAAGAAAUAAAAAAAUUAAGCUUAAUGUAGUAUUUUUUUUUUUUUUAUGAGGAAUUUUCAAAAAAAAUGUAGAUGAAAAUCGUUAAUUAAAAAAUUAUGUAAAACAAAUAUAUAGUUACUGGUCCAUGCACGUUUUUCAAUUUGUUUGUUUUGAAAUAUGUAUUACUUUCGGCGGUUUCUGUCAACCGGGUGCAACACGAUCGUGAAUGUUUUAUAUUUUUUAUAACACGAUUACAAACGAAUGUCUCUUAUAAAAAAAAAAAUUUUUUUAGCUGAAAAACGAACGAUUGUGAAAGUUUUUUUAGGCUACGUUGCCAAGUUUAGACAGUGUAUAUUUUUUUGAAUAUGUUUUAUUCUAUUUGGAGAUUUAAUUAUAAACAUUAUAACAUUAUAACUUCGUUACAUACUAAAAUAAAAUGAUACAAAAUCAUAGUGUUUAAAAUGAUAAUUAAUUUAAAUGAACAUCAACUCAUAUUUACUAUAUAUUUUAUUAGUUUUAUCUAAACUGAAGUAACUGCGGUUCUUUAUUUUUAUAGCGCCGCUAAAAAAAGCAAUCAUAAAAUUGCCAGUGGCAUUAGUCUUGUCCGUGACAAGACCAAGUUAGAAUGUGAACAACUGCGCUCUUGCCAUCGCGAGCUUGAACAUCAUACCUUGGCUGGUGAACAAGAUCGGCUUCCGUUGCCUAUUUUUCUCUUGUUAAGCCUGACCCCUAUCAUUCACCAUUGCUCGUUGAGCUUUCUUUCAUCUCGCAAGUUUUCUGUGACUCUACCCAAUCAUACCACGAUUUCAAGUCUGGUAAUUAAUUUCCCGUUUCAUUGAAUUCUUUAACUGGGAGGCUACCUUUGACAACUACUCCAUUAAUGAUGCUGCCACUAUCUUCAACGAUGCGCUGCUCACCAUAUCAGUAAAUUCAUACCUAAAAAGAUUUUUAAAGCUUCCAAGUUUCCUCGUUGGGUUUCCUCAUUCCUCAAGGUCUUAAUUGUUAUCAAAAAACGUGCUCAUGCAAUAUUUAAUAGGUUGAGCUUGUCUUCCGAGUAAUUAUAUUUCUUAGAACUCAGAGCAAUGUAUAAACGUCAAUCUAAGCGUUAUUACCAUAUUUACAUUAACAAUGUUGAACAAACUUUAUCGUCCGACCACUCUUAUUUCUGGAUAUUUAUAAAAAACCUAAGGAAAAAUCCACUUAUUCUGUCCUCAGUUUAUCUUCACGACGUGUCCAUAGCUGCCCUAAAGACUCUGUUAAUCUGUUCUCCAACUACUUCUCACCUGUCUUUAAGCCACCCCUAGUUUCUCCACCUAUAUUACGCUCUUGUAGUAGCUACCCAUACAUCCUGCCUUUUAAUUGCUCCUUCACUUCUAAUGAUGUUCUAUCCUCUCUUGAGUUUCUAUAGAACAUCUCCUCUAACGGUAUCUCUGCCCGGGACUGCUUUAUAACUACCGCCAUUCAUUAGCUUAUCCCUUGACCAUUCUUUUCAGGUGGUCUCUUGAUGAAGAUGUUGUCACUAUAGUAUGGAAAACUUGUUCUAUCAUCCCUGUAUUUAAGGCUGGGAAUCCUUCUAAUGUUUCCAAUAAUCAGCCUAUUUCUAUCCUUUUACACUUGACCAAACUCUUCGAAGCUUUGGUCCAUUCUACGAUCAAAAGAAGUCUCAACCACCUAAUUCCUGACUCCCAGCAUGGUUUUCGUCCAGGCAGGUCUACUGUUACUAGUAGCAUUGCCUUUUCUACUUACAUUCUAUACUCCUUUGAGCAUGAUAGUCAGGUUGACUCUAGCUUUACUGAUUUUGAAAAACGCUUUUGAUUCAGUUGUUCAUGACCUUCUUAUCACUACGCUUGAUUCUCUUGAAAUCGGCUAUCCUUUCCUCUUUUGGUUUUCCUCGUACCUAUUGGAUAGGUGUCAUUUCGUUAUCGUUAAUAGAGUAGUUUCUGACCUGUCCCCUAUUUCGUCCGGUGUACCCCAGGGUGGCCACCUUAGUCGUAUCCUUUUUAUCUUCGCCAUGUCAUCUUCAAACGAGCGGCUCUCUUUCGCUAAGGUUCUUCAUUUUGCUGAUGACAUCAAAAUCUUCUCCUGA